AUGGAUCCAGUCAACAUUUUCCUCCUUGAGGAGGGAGAGGAUACUUCCGCGUUGCGCACAAGAAAUGCGGAUGGCCAACGGGCUCGGAAUAUGCUCAUCGACCGUGGUAAUUCCUUAAUUCUUCAGGCAGCACUCACAAGUGUCACACACGGAGACUUCACACCUGAUGGCGAUGGCGCUUCGCUACUUGUUUUCGAGUUCAAUUUCAUCGGCAAGGGUGACCGUAGGUUUACCAGUGGCCAGAUCACCAUCAGUUUCGAAGAUGCUAGCCAGUCCACCAUGAAUUGUCCCAUGAUCACAACGAUCUCGCCAUCGGGGAAACUGGCAAUCAACAAGACGACCUUCGCCCGAGACGUUCACCGUGGGUUCAACGCAAGCCUAGGAGGAGGGCCAGGUGUUGUGACCGGUGAGCUGGGAUUUAUCUGGGAGCAGUCCGAGAUAAGAGAGGAUAGCCAUGCAACGACUUUGGUUGGGCUGAAGCGUUCUCUUGGCGUGGGCGGAGGCAAGACCAACACUGUCAUUUGGAUACUAGAAGAGGACCCAAAAACUAAGGAGGGGAUACCCAGCUUCCUCCGAGGUGGUGUCCUGUUACGCCGGAGGGCCGACGUCCCAUUUAGAUUUACGAUUAAAGUCAAAUCCGAAGUUGAUUUCGCAGGAAAGCUACGCCGGCUGUUUGGGCGAGAGGAGCCGGAUCCAGUCGAUCCGGUUGAACUGGAUGGAGAGACCGACUUGGAUGGCCUUGGUAUUGGCAGACUUGACCCGGAGACACCGGGUCUCGAUUUGCAUAACAUGGGAAGCAUGGACGUGGCACAGCAUGCUCAUGUAGUCUUGGCGAGCCUGCUUAACGUUCCAGGAUAG